UGUCAAAAAAAGAUAAGAAUAAGAGUGUACAGACGACCUUUACUUAAACUAAGUAAUGUAUUGAUUGAGUUGUGGGCACUAAAUAUAUUUUAGGAUAUGGCUCUAAAUUUAUUUAGUAGAUCUUUAAAAAUAAAUAGUGCUGCUCUGAAGCCUUUGUGUGUUAUAAGGAACAAAUCUACGGAUCAGUCUUGGAUUCCAGAUGACCCUGUAACUCAUACUGGACAGAAAUAUGAGAAAGAUGACUACCGUCUAGCCAGAUAUGUGGAGAGAAAGAAGCACGUGAAUACAAACUUUGCCAUUGACCUGAUUGCUGCAGUGCCACCCAAACCAGAAAAGGCACGAAUUGUCUGGUGCGAUGGAGGUGGCGGUCCUCUGGGACAUCCCAAAGUUUACAUCAAUCUGGAUAAACCCGGAGAUCACACAUGCGGGUACUGCGGUCUGCGAUUCUUCAAAGAAGAUGGCCAUGGCCAUGGCCACUAAACAAAACAUUAAAACAAUUGUAGUGUGAAUUACUGCUGUAAGAAAAGUUAACUUUUUGUAAAUAUUGAGUUAAUAAAAGUUAAAUUGUUUAUUUAA